GUAGACACGGGCGCUGUCGCCACUCUGGCCCUGUGGUGUGUCAGGGACAGGAAUCGUGCGCUGUCUGUCUCGGCCGUUGCCCGCUCCCUGCGAAUCCUGGUGGACCGGCUGCUGUCGGAAGUGAGGCCGGACGGUCUGAUCGGGAACGUGUACAGCACGGGGCUGGCUGUGCAGGCUCUCUCCCUGAUCCAGGACCUCAUCCCGGCCGGAUCCUGGAACUGUUCUCGCUCCCUCGAGCGGCUCCUGCUUUCUGCCAAGGACGGCUCCCUCAAGAACCCCCAGGCGGCCUCGCAGGUCACCCCCUCCCUCGAGGGACGGACCUACCUGGACGUGGGCGCCAUCGACUGCCGGGAGGACCAGAGCAACCUCACCCUGCCGGAUACGACCACCCCCGCGGCCCCCGUCACCAGCGGGCAGCCGGACAUCCGCGUCUGCUACAACGUGACCGACGGGCUGGGGGGCACGUUCAGCGACCGGGUGCUGGUCCGCGUCCCGAGCGGCAGCAUCCUGCUCCGGGUGAUGGAGGCCGCUCGGGACCUCUUCCCUCAGAGGUUCAGCUUCCAGUACAAGAUGACCCUCUGGGGCCCCUCGCUGUACAGCGUCCGAGGGCUGGAGGCAUCGUCCGAGGACAGGACCUACUGGAGUCUGCGGAGUGGCUCCCGGCCCCUCGAACAGGGUAUCGGUGAUUACGUCCCAUCGGAUGGAGAGACGAUCGUAGUGAUCCUGUCCCGUUACUGAUCCUCAACGCAGUCCUCCCCCCUCCACACCUCCUCCAACUCCCACACCUCUUCCCUCCACACCUCCUCCGUCCCCUACACCUCCUCCCUCCCUCCCCUACACCUCCUCCCUACCACCUCUACACCUCCUCCCUCCCUCCCCUACACCUCCUCCCUAUCUCCCCUACACCUCAUCCCUUCCUCCUCUACCUGCCCCUCCCACACUCCCCUACACCUCCUCCCUCCCUAAACCUCCUCCCACCCUCCCCUACACCUCCUCCCUCCACAUCUCCUCCCUCCUCUACACCUCCUCCCUUCCUCCCCUACACCUCCUCCCUUCCUCCCCUACACCUUCUCCCUACCUCCCCUACGCCUCCUCCCUACCUCCCCUACACCUCAUCCCUUCCUCC